CUUUCACUCAGUGCGUCUUGAGCUACUCUCGGCGAAACAAGUGGGCGGAGGGGCUUGUCUUUGGCUACUAUCCUUGCUUGACUCGCAAAUUCAUCUUCCUGGACAAGGCUAGGCUUGAUGUGCUAGCAGGGACUGCCUGCCUGCCGAAGAGUGUUACAUUUGUUUCUGAGGCCCUUCUCUAUCGGCGACCAUUGUGACUAGAGAAGGGCGGGAGAGUUCACAUCAUCGGCUGAAGUGUCCUCGGCGAGACACCCUGAAUCUCCUCGACGAGACAUCCUGUCAUCUCUUCGCUUCGUUGGUGGCAGGCUGAUAACAUACACGCCCCUGCCCUUCUCUAAUGGCCGUGAUUUCGACAUCGUUAUGGGAGAUUGCUCCGUUAGAACGAGCAUUGACGGGACGAAACGUGUGGUCGUACCGUCUCCAGCAGGCAACACAGGGAUGGCUUGUUCGUCUGUCUCUUCCGGGACGGGCCGCUCGAACAGCCACGAAAGGGCUGAUUCCUCUGGAUAGACCGUCGACAGCCGCUCACUGGUUUCGACAGUUUCCUUCCUGCCCUUCCUCUUUUCUUUUAUCUUCAAGUCCACCACGCCUGGUGGCGAUGGUAAGGGACGAAGAGGGAUGCGCUUCAACGGCCGAGACGGGCGGGAAAGGCGGAUGAUAUGCGUUCUUUUCUUGCACUCAUGUGCGAAAGGUCCCAUUCUCGAGUAGGUGAACUGCAGCACAGCCCGAGAGGUCCCCUCGGUGGCCGCUUUGCCACUUCAGUGUUGUUCCCAUGCUUCAUCAGGUACACCGGGACGAGGGGGCUCGUGGCUUGCAGAAAGAAGGCAGGGAACACGAUAGGAGCAGCUGAAACCGUUUGGAAACACGACGUAUCGUUUUUCCAGAUGCAGUAGAAACGCAGGAGCCAGAGGAGGUGCAGCAAGACCAUGGCUAUACCGACUGCGCCAACAAGCAUUGGAAUGGCACUGUGGCUCCUUGGGUCCUUGCGGAACACAGCUGAAGAAGCAGAAGACACCAAGGAAGAUGAAAUCGCCUCAGGCACGGUGUCUUCAUACCUGGUAGUGCUUCUCUCCGCAGCGGCCAUCCACAUGCGAUCUUCUUUGACAUCAAGAUAAGACCGUCGUUCCUGUGUGUGACCCGAAUCCCCUGUGGUGUGGCCUCAUUGCCUUCAUCUGUGUCAGCGAUUGCUGUGCUCCAUCCCUUAAGAGAGCACAAGGAGGUCUUAAUAUCGUAUAUCACCGCUCCGCAUCUCCCAUCGCGCAUGCACCACUGAUUACACUGCGUGAGCGUGUCGGCGUCGUUGGACCACAGGGUACCGCCGCGGGAGAGGAAGGAGAGGUCUCUCUCCUCAGCAAGACACCAACGGACUGGAACGAUCAUGAGAGAGAGAGAUACGAGAGACGAAGGGAGGAAGAAAGGAAGGAAAGAGCAAUGAGGGGCUUACCACAGUAUCUUGGUCCGGAAGUGCCGUUGGGGUGUCGCACCUUUGCGUCUUCAACAUGUGAGAAUAUCUUGCACUCGUGAGGCUCUGUGAAGGAGAAAUGGCGGCAUUGAGGGUGAGCCUGGCAGGUCCGCUGGCAGUCCGUGGGCGACGAUAUUGGGAAGGAGGGAUAGUCCAGGUGACCCAGUACAGGAUGGGUUCGAGGUACAGUCAACUCGCCAUCUGGCGAAGGCUGGUAACGAAUCGACCUCUCGUGGCAGAAUAUCUGGCCUGCAGAAGGGCUGAAAUCCCGCAGACCGUCCCAAAAUGCACGGUCUUUCUACCGUAUGGGUCUGGUAGUGUGGUAACAUCUGAGUGCAUCAGCGCAAUCGUCAGCCGGCCAUCGUUUUGCUCUACUGCCGUCUUCCUAAAGUCGCUCCGACUGAGAAGGAAUGAGGAUUCAAGCAGCACCCAGUCGCCACCCUCCCACGAUUCUAGAAGUCUGCCACUCUCAGAGAAAUCCUCCUCGUAGAGAGGUAUGAACUGUCGCGUAUCGUGUUCAUAGGAGGAAACUCGCACCCAAUCGAAUUCUGCCUUUCCAGGCAGACAUCUUUCGUCGAAUGACCCUCCCCAAUCCUCGAUAUAGGGGUGGACUGCCCAUACGGACUGCUGCACUUCCAUUGGCUUGGAGGGGAUCCUCACGCUUUUAUCAGCACUCGACACAUAUCUGGAUUCAAAAAGCCGGAGACCGUGUGUCGUUGCCGUCGAUGGCACUGCUUGAACUAACCUGAUUUCGUUGCCGUCGAUGAGCCAUUUGACAUAGUCUGGCGUCCAGUCGAUGGCGAAUGUGUGAUACUUCUCGGCGAACGACUUUUCAUCGGGGCUGCCGUGCAGCUGUUGAGAAAAUAUUCGGUUGCCGGCUUCACCUCCGAUGAUAUUGCUUUGAAAAUGGUACGCCUCGUCCUUUCCGAGAACCUCUAUGUCGAUCUCUUGCCACUCAUUGUCGUCUUCCUCACUUUUUCUCUUAUACAGAAAGAAUGACACCACCACGCCACUACAGUUGAUGGCGCGAAACCGCGACUCGAAUCGACCGUACAGGUAGACGUCCUUGGAUAUUGCCCCUCCGCCCUGCAGGCGUUUCUGACAGCCGCCCCACCUCCCGUCGAAAAUCAAGCCCCCAUCCUCAGCAGCAGAAGGGCACUGAGAAGCGACCAACGUCACGCACAAGGCCUCCAACCACACACAUUUCACCAGCCGACCCAUGGGGAUCUCCUCGGCUCCCAAACAAAGAAAGUACUGCGUAUUUUGUCUGGACUCGAGGUCAGACGCAC